AUGCAAGACAGAAGCUGUGGCUAGGCAUUGCCUUUUUCUUUGAUGCUGAAGGAGGCUUACUGUGCAGAGAGAGGCACCAAUAACGGAUAUCCUGAAAAUAUGUCAGAAGCUUCAUUCUGCCAUGACUUCUUCUGUGAUUCCCUAUCAGACAUGCAGAAUGGGGAAUUUUCAAAUGAACUAUCUGCUUUUCUUACCCAGGAAGAGAUACGUAAGAGCCUUGACAUAGCUCAGGAAGCCAUUGCCAGUUCCAUGAAGGAGGAUCAGAAUGCAGUGCCGGACAGUACUCAUUAUUUCAACACCUCUCUUUCUAACAUUUCAGAAAAUCCUUUCAGCAGCACCAAACUGGAUGAGCAAGAUGCUUUACAGAGGCCUCAAGCAAGCAGUCUAACUUCAUCUGCUGCAAGUCAUAUUCUCCUAAGGAAUCAGAAAGAGCAAUUCACCUCACCUCAAGCAGCAGGUAGUUUGACCUCAUUUUCCAAGAGGCAAUCAAACACCUCACCUUUACUAACCACUAGUCCCAGCUUCAUUAGAAGCCUGAAACAUUCAGAGAAAGAUGGUCCAAAUGUACCUAAGACAAACCCAAAGUCUGAAUUGGCAUUCCAGGGAGAAGUUCCUUUCAGAAACAAGCUGUGUGACAAAGCUGCCACAUUCAUAGAGGAAUUGUCAUCUAUAUUUAGGCAGGCAGCAAAGGCAAGAGGCCAAAGUCCUGAUGGGGACACUUCUUCUCCAGACAGUGGGUAUCUGUCUCCUAAAAAGAGGCAACCAGAUGUAAACACCUCUGUGAACCACGAGUUUAACAAGCCACAUCAAGAGACUGAGCCUGAGGGAAAAUUAUUUGGAGCUCAUCUGAAUGGAGAACACUAUCCUGAUAGGGAAAGUAGUAAAACUGUCCUUUGCCACCCCUUCAUUAAAAAGGAAGAUAAUCAAUCAUCACCACCUCAAUUCACUCAGAAGCUCCGGAGCCAGGAAGUUGCUGAAGGAAACAGGGUAUUACUGGAGUGCAGAGUUGUUGGCAACCCAGUGCCUGAUGUCAGAUGGUUCUGUGAAGGAAAAGAACUCCAGGAUACCCCUGACAUUCAGAUCCAUUCUGGAAGUGAAGGACUUCAUUCACUAAUUAUAGCAGAAGCCUUUGAAGACGACACUGGACGCUAUACUUGUCUGGCUACAAAUUCCAUUGGCUCAGAUAGUACGUCAGCUGAAAUAUUCAUUGAAGGUGCCAGUUCCACAGAUUCAGAGACUGAAAGUUUAAGUUUCAAAUCAAAAUCUGGAGCUAUGCCACAGGCCCAAAAGAAAACCACAUCUGUUUCCUUAACAAUAGGAUCUUCAACCCCAAAAUCUGGAGUCACUACAGCUGUAAUUCAACCUAUCUCUGUGCCCAGUCAGCAGGUUCAAAGCCCUACUUCAUACCUGCACCGUGUCGAUGGACCUAAGCCUGCAUAUUCUGCACCCAUUUUCACAAAGGAUCUACAAAACUCCAUGGCAUCUGAGGGACAAGUUGUGGUACUGGAAUGCAGGGUCAGAGGAUCCCCUCCUAUUCAUGUUAAGUGGUUUCGACAGGGUGUUGAAAUACAAGAUUCUCCAGACUUCAGAAUUCUCCAGAAAAAGCCACGGUCUGCAACUGAACCUGAAGAGAUAUGCACUCUUGUAAUUGCAGAAACUUUUCCUGAAGAUUCAGGACUUUUCACAUGCACAGCAACAAAUGAACAUGGCUCAGUAACAAGCAGUGCCCAACUAAUUGUCUGUUCAGAAAGCUUUGGUCAGGAAUCACUGACAAGAGAAUCGAACAGUGAUGAUUUCCAUCAUUUCCCACCACUUCCUCCAGCUGAACAUAGCUCUUUGGAGCAUCCUCCUAAGAAACACACAGAGACCCACCAAGCAAACAGCACUGAGCUGAAAUCUGAUGUGGCAGCCCUUCAACUGCAGCUCAAUUCAGCUGAGGAAAAAACAAAUGGCAUCCACCUCAUUCAUGGAGUUAAUGGAAUGAUUAACAGCAAGCCAAAUAGUGAUAAAUCCGUCCCACCUUCAGCUGUUGUGCUUUCACCCACAAAGGAGCCACCACCUGUGCUUGCCAAACCAAAGCUGGACCCUAUAAAAAUACAGCAGCUGCAAAACCAAAUUCGUCUGGAGCAAGAAAGUGGCCAGUGGUAUCAUCACCAAAAGCAACCUGAUCAGCAUCAUCACUCUCCAUCUUCUCCUUCCUUCCCUCCUCCCCCCUCCUUCCAAGAGCUGGAGUCUAGCCAGUCUGUCACCUCUCCUGUACCAAUGAGUAUUCUUAACUCUCAUACUUCCCCAACCAUGCAGUCUUCUGGCUCCUUCAACUAUGCUCGGCCUAAGCAGUUCAUUGCUGCUCAAAACAUUAGCCCUGCUUCAGGUUAUGUGACUCCAUCUUCAGGAUCAUCUACAUCCAGCCUUCCUUCCCCGAUGUCUCCAACUGCUUCUCAAAAACAGUUUGGGAGAGUGCCUGUUCCCCCUUUCUCUCAGCAGUUUGCUCCAGAAGGGGAGUACACCUGGUCUCCUUCUUCUCCAUCCCCUCCGCCCCCUCCUCCACCUGUCUUUAGUCCAACCACAACAUAUCCAGUGUGUGAUUCCUUUCCACUUCCACCUCCUCCACCCCCUCCUCUUCCUUCACUUUCUUCACCUUCCCACAGCCUGUCUCCGACUCCCAGAUUUUCUAAUUCUGGCCAGUCUCCAGCAGCUUUUCUCAGCUCCAUGCUGCCAUCCCAGCCACCACCCAUCUCUGUCAACGCAUUAGGCCUCCCAAAAGGAGUGACACCUCCGGGAUUUCCCAAGAAAACAGGCAGAACUGCUAGAAUAGCAUCAGAUGAAGAGAUCCAAGGGUCAAAAGAUGCUGUAAUUCAGGAUCUGGAAAGAAAACUUCGCUUCAAGGAAGAUCUUUUGAACAACGGGCAACCGAGAUUAACAUAUGAGGAGAAAAUGGCUCGUCGAUUGCUGGGAGCAGACAGUGCUGCAACAGUCUUCAAUAUACAGGAACCAGAAGAAGAGUCUGCUGUACAGGAGUAUAAAGUCUCUAGCUUUGAGCAAAGAUUGAUCAGUGAAAUUGAAUACAGGCUGGAGAGAUCUCCUGUGGAAGAAUCGGAUGAUGAGGUGCAACAUGGAGAUGAACCUAUUGAUAACAGUAUGUCACCAUAUUUUGAGAUAAAGCUGAAGCAUUACAAAAUCUUUGAGGGAAUGCCAGUCACAUUUACAUGCAAAGUGGCAGGAAAUCCAAAGCCAAAGAUUUAUUGGUUUAAAGAUGGGAAGCAAAUUUCUAAACGAAGUGAUCACUACCAAAUUCAAAGAGAACCUGAUGGAACUUGCUUGCUGCAUACUGCAGCCUCCACCCUGGAUGAUGAUGGGAACUACACUAUAAUGGCUGCUAACCCACAGGGCAGAAUAAGUUGCACAGGCAGGCUGAUGGUUCAAGCUGUAAAUCAAAGAGGCCGCAGUCCUUGGUCACCUUCUGGUCAGCCUCAUAUAAGAAGACCACGAUCUCGAUCAAGGGACAGUGGUGAUGAAAAUGAACCAAUUCAGGAACGAUUCUUCCGGCCUCAUUUUCUGCAGGCUCCUGGAGACCUGACUGUUCAAGAAGGAAAGCUAUGCAGAAUGGACUGCAAGGUUAGUGGAUUACCAACUCCAGAUUUAAGCUGGCAACUUAAUGGAAGACCCAUUCGCCCUGAUAGUUCCCACAAAAUGCUGGUGCGUGAGAACGGUGUGCACUCCUUGAUCAUAGAGCCCGUCACAGCCAGAGAUGCUGGAAUCUACACAUGCAUUGCCAGCAAUAGAGCUGGUGAAAACACAUUCAGCCUGGAGCUCAUUGUUGCAGCUAAGGAAGUACACAAAGCACCUGUGUUUAUAGAGAAGCUACAAAACACAGGUGUGACUGAGGGAUUCCCAGUGCGACUGGAGUGUCGAAUCUCGGGGGAGCCAUCUCCUCAGAUAUUCUGGAAGAAGGAGAACGAGUCACUCACAUACAACACUGACCGAGUGAGCAUGCACCAGGAUAACCACGGCUACAUUUGCCUGCUGAUUCAGGGAGCUACAAAGGAGGAUGCUGGCUGGUACACUGUGUCAGCCAAGAAUGAGGCUGGGAUUGUAUCUUGCACUGCCAGGUUGGAUGUUUAUACUCAGUGGCAACAACCACCUCAGACAACCAAGCCAAAGAAGGUGCGGCCCUCAGCCAGUCGGUAUGCUGCGCUUUGUGACCAAGGACUAGACAUCAAAGCAGCUUUCCAGCCUGAAGCAAAUCCUGUCCAUCUGACAAUGCCAUCUGGCUUGGUAGAGAGCGAUGAUCUGUAGAUCCAGCUGCCAGUUCCAUCAUUUUCUUUCAAAGCAGAAACACUGAAAGCCAUUGCCUUGACCAAUGAUACUUCUAUGUCACUUUAUGCAAAGGCAGACACCUUCAAGUACAAAAGAUAAACAACAAACACAAUAACCAUGUAUUCCUUAUUCAUUAUACCAAAUUAGAAGAAUAGAUAGAUUAUUAAUAGAAAUGUACACAUUGCACAACAAAUCACAUUCACCAGUUCCUUACACCUAAGUUGCUUCAGCUCUUACGAAUAACCCAUUUCACAACGACCAAAAUACAUCAGAGAAACAGAUGUUUCAGAAGAGAACUCUAUUUAUCACUACGUGCCUUCAGCAGCAGUAAGCAGAUGCUACAAAAUCUUAAUGGAGCAAGAUGUUUUAUUUGAGUCCAUUAGAACACAAACAAAAUUAGAAUGUGUGGUUAUCUAUAGUCCUAAAGUGGCAAUGCAUACUGAGAGCUACAACCAACAAGUGCAAUAUUGUAAGAAUAGCACAGGAAGGGACAAAGAAGAGACACGGGACAAAACGCUGUAUCUUUGCAAACUGCCUUCCAUUCUACAAUAAAAACAGUAUCUUGCCUUAAAUACUGUUGUUAAGUGUGGACAAGCAACAUCAACACCA